AUGACUCUUCACGGCGAAACAGAUCUCCUCAUGUGCAGGACUUUCCCUACGCUCCUGGGCGGGAGAGCGUUGACUUGGUACACCACCUUGCCGACCGAAAGUAUUGCGUCUUGGGAUGAUCUGGCAGGCAAGUUUCAAACCCAUGUCACAACUAGUCGCUCUGUGCCUAAAUCCGUCCACUCCUUGGAAAAGAUUCGCCAACAGUCUGGGGAGUCCCUUAGAUCCUUUUUGGAUCGCUUUGACAAAGAGGCUCUGCAGGUCCAAGGCAUGGACCCUAAAGUGCAAGUGCAUAUACUUCUGUCGGGCUUGAGACAAGGAGCGUUCGCCUACAAGCUUGCUCGCCAUGAAAUUAUCGACCUAGAAGAGGUCAAGAAAAAAGCUCAAGAAUUUAUGCGGAUAGAAGAGUACAUAGGGAGCCGGGUUGAUGACGCCCACAACCAAGAGAAUAAGGUCAGUAAAAGUAAAGAUCACGUUGAAGAAAGCAGGAAGGGUCACAAACCCUCCAAAUACGUCAGUCGCCCAUUAGGGUGUGACAUGUCAGGGCGCCAAUCACACAACGUCCUACAAACGAAGUACAAAGAAGAACGCCAGAAUAACUCACGGCACCAACAGCUAGCCAGAGAAGCCACCGUACACUGCAAAUUUCACCGUAGUAAAGGCCAUAGUACAGAGGAAUGCAAACACCUCAAAGAUGAGAUUGAUGAACUUAUCAAGGGUGGGGCUCACGGGUGA